AUGUUUGAUAAUUUUCUCGGUUAUCGGAUAAUCCUCGAUUAUAUUGCUGAUGUGAUUUACUGCAUUGAUAUUUUCGUACAAACGCGAAUAAGUUAUUUGAAUGACGGUGCUUUUGUUACAAAUAUUAAAGUCUUGGCGAAACGAUAUCUUCACAGCUGCACAAUUUGGCUGGACAUUUUUUCAAUAUUUCCGGUGAACUAUUUGCUGAAUAUUUGGUCAAAAGAAUCGUAUAUUCGAAUAAACCGAACUCUAAAAGUUUAUCGUUUAUUUGAAUUUGCUGAUUGGACUUUAAUGCGAUCAAGUAGACCAAAUGUUUUUAGAAUUUUAAAACUUAUUGGAACGUGUAUAAUGCUUUUUCACUGGAAUGCGUGCAUCUAUCUUCUUAUAAGUUCUCAAAGUGCAACUAAAGCAAUGACAAACGACAUAGCCGUUUGGCACUUCACAUACACGAAAGUUGCGAAUCCUGUUGUACCAACAUGUAAGAUAUCAUUAAAAAAUUAUGAUGGGGAAUGUGGAUUCAAUGAAACAGGCCUCGACGUACAAGAUCGUAUGGAAUACAUCGACAAAAUGAUGCAAUACUGGCAACCAAGAUCUAUUGUUUUAUAUGUUCCUAAUUUUGUCCGAGAAUAUGCUUUAAGCAUCUACUGGUCAUCAAUGACUUUAACAACCAAAGGACAGCAGCCAAGUCCGGAAACAUCUUUGCAAGAUUUUUUCGAAAUCGUUGAUACUUUGAUCGGUUUGCUGAUAUUUGCCAUAAUUGUUGGUUCGGUUGGCAAUGUUGUUUCAGCAAUGCACCGCGAUCAAACUGAAUUUCAAUGCUUAUUGGAUGCGAUCAAACAAGUGGAUCCCAGCAUCCAAUUUCGGGUUUUAAAUUGCUGCCAAUAUAUGUACGAGCAAGGGCUGGAUAAGGAUGAAAAAGUAUAUUAA